AUGCACAUGGGCGUGGUCCCCACGCAGAACCUCUAUCCUCAGAUGCGUGUCCGGGAGAUCUCCACCAAGGAUCUCACCAAGGCCAUCAAUGCAUUCCUACCUACCGCCGGCCUGCCUCUUCCGGAUGAGCUAACCCAAGUCAUUGACGCCUACCUCGAGAAGCACAAUGAGGAAGGCGCCUCAGAGCGCCUCCAGGAGGACCUGCUGUCCAUAUGGGAGAAGACAGUCAAGGAGAAUGUGGGCUCCUACGCUCCUUGGCUUGCCAUCCUGCGCCGGCUCUUGCCUGCGCUUAGAAAUCCCACAUAUCUCGUCCAAUGGUGGGAUCAAAUGACGGAGCCGGUCCUCGACCACAUGGCACAAGACAAAAAUCUAGCCAAAGAGGCCUGGGCAAACACUUUGGCCGUGCUGACCUACGACAACGGCGUCGAGGCCGCAGAGGGUCAAGGGGCGAACCAGAUUGCUAUUAAGCUGAUGAAGACUUGGAUGCAGAGCUUCCAGUUCUCCAACAAUGAUGGUAACUCGUCAGGGGCUCUCAAGGCGACCCUGAUACGUAGUGGCUUGCUCAGCUAUGGCAAGAAAAGGCCCAAGGCUUUGACCCUUCUCUGCGAGUUCGUUCAGAGCGAGCCGCCUCAUCUGCACGUUGUCCUCGAGACGCCGCUCUUCGACAACAUCCUGCGGAGUCUGCAAAGUGAUACCUCGACCACGGUGGUCACGCUAGCUAUCACUGCUUUGACGAUGCUGCUACCAAAUGUGCCAAGUUCUCUGGUGCCGUACCUCCCAAAGCUGUUCAAUAUUUAUGCCCGUCUGUUGUUCUGGGAUAGAGAGAGAUCUUUGGCAGCCGACAACCCAGAAAUAGAAGUCGAUGACGAGAAAGUCUUGCCUACUGAUUGGGAAGUUUGCACCUUCGCGCCAGAUGCUGACAACAUGUCAAUUCCAAAUCUCCUGAGUUUCUUCACAAUUCUCUACGGGUUGUAUCCCCUCAAUUUCGUGGAUUAUAUCAGGAAACCGCAACGGUAUCUGCGUCACGCAAACAUGCCAAAUGCCGACGAUAUCGAAGUUCAGCCUUCAGAAAUCCGCCAGAAGUCAGAAAGGUUCAGGCAGUACCACAUACUUCAUCCAAACUUCUACAACUUGACUUUGGAGUCUGAGAAGACCGAUUUCAGCAGAUGGAUCAAGAGCGAGUCUUCCGAGGUGGUCACGGAAUGCACUGCGCUGUGCUUGGCCACAGAACUUGGAGUUGGUGCCGAACUUGGACCUGCGCAAGAGCUCGGGCUGUCCGAGAUGGACGACAACCCUAGGAACGGAGCAGACCAGCCGUUCCUUACCGGCCAGGCUAUUCUUGCAAGGACUUCAUCUCGGGAUCUGGCGAGCGCCGGGAGAAAUUCAGGUGCAGGAUCAGUGUCGGAAGAGGCGCGAACCGUCGCGGGAGUAAUACGGCGCGCUUCUCAAUCAAGUCACGCUCCUUCUCUCCGCGAUGCAUUCCAGACUCGCACCCGCGACGGGCCAGGAGACAGUCCUACAUUGCCGCCAUCGCUGGGCCUCUCAGCCUCGCACACCAACUUGCAGGAUAUGAUCACUUCAAACAAAGCUAUCAAGACCGGAUUGCACCAGUCACUGGCCAACGACAGCGUACCGUCUCUCGCCUUGAGUCACCAGGAUUCCAUGCCUGAUAAGACAUCAAGCAAGCUGUCUGCGCAAGCGGCCCCCGUUGCUGCUCCUCCAUCGACCGAUAGUGACGGUGAAAUCCAGCGGCUAUACAAGAAGAUCCUCCUCCUGAGCAACGAUCUCAGUUUCGAACGCUACAUGAAACAACAGCACAUGAUCCACAUCGGAGAGUUGAAGAGACGGCAAUUGAAGGAAGCUGCAACAGAAGCGGAAACACAGAAUCUCAUCAUGAUCAAUCGAAACCUGCGGAACCGCAUCGAUGAGGCAAAACGGUCGGAGUUGCGGGCGAAGAAGGAAUCUGAGAAUCGGCGCAAUAUAGCCAAGAAAUGGGAGACUGACCUGUCCGCGAAGCUGAAGGUCCUGAGAGAGGAGCAAAAGAAAUGGAGCAGUGAAGGAGCUGGCCUCAAGCGAGAGCUGGAGGCGAAGACGGAGGAGUGCGAAAAGCUGACGAGAAUGGUCUGUGAGUAUGAAACCACGGAACUAAACUCGAAACAAAACCUGCAGGCGAUCAACGAUCAUGUUGAAGAAAUCGUGCGGCUCAAAGCGGAAGUGAGCCGGCUCAUCGAGGUGGAACAAACGUACCAGGCCAAGGAAAGGGAGACAGAAGAGCGCCUGGCUGAAGCCGCCGAAUCGAUUGGCCGAGCUGAAGUGCUGAGUAUGAAGCUGGAAGCGCGUGAUGCUGAGGUGGUAGAGGCGAGGAAGUUGUACGAAUCACAGAUUUCCGACCUCAACACGAAACUUCAGGAUGCCUUAAAGCACGGUGCCAGACGGCCCAGACGAGAAGAGGACCCUAAUAAAGCCAUCGAGAGUGCACUAGCAGCAAGCCGAGCGAAAAUGUCAGAUCUACAGAGAAGACACAACCUCCUGGUGAACAAGUGCACCGUCCUGCAGGCGUCACUUCUCGAAAAGGCAUCCAGCAGCUCGAGAUCACCGGCGUUUUCCAGCACGCCAAGGAUGGGUGUCCCUUCAGACUCGUCAGACGCAGAACUCUCUGCGAUCGUGCAGAGUGGGGAUCCACCCAGCCCUGUGCGAAGGAGAUCACGUCGCGGGCGAGGAUUCUCAGACCCUGAGCUCUUUGUCGAGGGAGCAAAAUACAAUGUGACACCGCCCCUGGACACGAUAACGGGGUCAUCGUUUGGCACAGUGUUGCAACGGCCUUCGACGCCGUCCGGAAGUGGCGUCCAGAACACUGGUCGAAAGGACAAGCGCGACAAGAAGUCGUCGGGGAUCAGAGGGAUUCGAGGUUUCGUCUAA